CGCCUUGGGGCGGGGACCGGGCGACCAGAGAUUGGCUGGGGCUUGCAGCGAGGCCCGGCCAGGAGCCCCGAGGUGGGAGGUGCCUGGAGCACUUGGGGCGCCCGGAGCCGAGCGGAGCGAAGGCUGCCACCUAUUCUGGCCACCUCGGCGACGGCUGCAGGGGUCCCAGGACGAGCGUGGCCAUGCGGGCAGCGGCUGGGGGCGCGCGUACUGCCGCGCUGGCGCUGGCGCUGCUGCUGGGGGCGCUGAACGGUGCUCCAGCGAGCGGCGAGGAGUACGACUACUACGGCUGGCAGGCCGAGCCGCUGCACGGCCGCUUCUACUCCAAGCCUCCUCAGUGCCUCGACAUCCCCGCCGACUUGCCGCUCUGCCACACGGUGGGCUACAAGCGCAUGCGGCUGCCCAACCUGCUGGAGCACGAGAGCCUAGCCGAGGUGAAGCAGCAGGCGAGCAGCUGGCUGCCACUGCUGGCCAAGCGCUGCCACUCGGACACGCAGGUCUUCCUCUGCUCGCUCUUCGCGCCCGUCUGCCUCGACCGGCCCAUCUACCCGUGCCGCUCGCUGUGCGAGGCCGUGCGCUCCGGCUGUGCGCCGCUCAUGGAGGCCUACGGCUUCCCCUGGCCCGAGAUGUCCGACAGCCCUGGGCGCCCGCGAGCCGGGCCGGGACGGAUGCCACCCCCAACCCCGCAGCACAGCUCUGCGAGCACAACUCUGCGCCGCCCUCCUUACACAAACGCGCGCAGCCCUGCACCCCCGGAGUUGUCUCCCGCCGCCUUCCCACCGCGCACCUCGCGGGCAGUCAGAGCAGUGAUUCCCCGCGCUCCAGACAUCCCAAUAGUUCUCCCCAUUUCCAACCCUGGCGCUGAAUCCCUAGAUGCCCUGGGGGGCCCUAUGGGUACUUCAUUGCCCAAGAACCCUCGGCCCAGCUCCACCUUCUCUUUUCCUGGAGGCCUGCGGGUGGGUAGCUGUCAAGUGGAGGCUGCUGCACAAAAGCGGCUCUUUGGACUCCAAACCAACUAUUGCCCACCCCACCCACGCAUUCUCUCUGCAGUGACCAAGAUCUGCGCCCAAUGUGAGAUGGAGCACAGUGCUGAUGGCCUCAUGGAGCAGAUGUGCUCCAGUGACUUUGUGGUCAAAAUGCGCAUUAAGGAGAUCAAGGUGGAGAAUGGAGACCGGAAGUUGAUAGGAGCCCAGAAGAAGAAGAAGCUACUUAAGCCAGGCCCCUUGAAGCGCAAGGACACCAAGAGGCUGGUACUACACAUGAAGAAUGGUGCAGGCUGCCCUUGCCCACAGCUGGACAGCCUGGCAGGCAGCUUCCUGGUCAUGGGCCGAAAAGUGGACGGACAGCUACUGCUCAUGGCCAUCUACCACUGGGACAAGAAGAAUAAGGAGAUGAAGUUCGCAGUCAAAUUCAUGUUCUCCUACCCCUGCUCCCUCUACUAUCCCUUCUUCUAUGGGGCUGCAGAGCCCCACUGAAGGGCACGCCUCACUGCCCCACCCAGCUGUGCCUUGCCCUUUGUCCCUGCCCAUCUGGCCUCAUGCCCAUUCCCAGGCUGACCCAGCCCCUGGCAGAAGGUGACUUCCUCCAGAGUUGUCAGUGACCCAGGCCCCAGGGAUGGGCCCAGGGCUCAGGGCCUGUCCUUCUUGACUGAGAGGUCCUGAGGCUCCUGGGGUCUUAGGCUUUCUUAGAAAGACUUUCUCUUCUGGGAUUUUCUCUGCUCAGGAAGAGGUCAAAGGGAGGAGAGAGCAACAGAAGGGUGGAGGGCAGUCUGAGGAGGGGGCUUCCCAAGUGGACAGUGGGGUUGGCUCUGCUCUGCUCUGCUGGUGGUGAGUCCUCACCUCGGAGUGGUGUCUCAGUGUUGGGCUGAACGUGUCCUCAUCACGGCCCUCCAUACAGGAGGCCGAGGGUCUCCCUGCCCUCCAGCCACACCUCCUGCAUUCUAAUCUCUCCCUCUCCUCUACCCCAGGCCUCCAGCCCACUCCCUGUGCAGAUCCCGUCCCAAGGCCUUCUUCUUGGGGCUCCUUCCUCCGUCUCUGCAUCUCCCUCUUCCCCUGAUGAUGCUAAGUUAUUACUACUGUAGUGAAGCCCUAAGUUCUAGAUGACAGAUACAAGCAGGGUUUGGGUUUUUUUGUUGUUGUUGUUGUUGUUGUUUUAGUUUUUAAUUAA